AUGUCAGAAGGUAAUCAAAAUACGCCAGCACCAUCUAAUGGCCAACCUCGUAACAUUAUCCUACAACCAAACCAAAUUAGAGAGCUAACUGCCAAGUUCAAGGCUUUAGUUAACGAGGCUAAAGAGGUAGGUGAGAAUACCCAAAGAGGUAAGGAAUUAUUGAUUCAAGCAUCGAAAUUAAAGGCAAUGUACGAUAAUUACAAUAGACAAAGACAACAACAACUACAGCAACAACAGGCAGUAAAUAACAAAGUACAAAAUCCAAGUAAUAAUGAUAAUGUAACCACUAAUAAUUCUUUUGCGUCCCCUAGUUCACCUCCAACGAGUGGUAGCACCAUAUCAAAUUCGAGCUCUACCCAAUUGGCAAACAUUAUGAGACAAGUACUUACUGAUGAACAAAAUGCUAAUUUUGAUAAACUAGACCAAACUUUCCGUAGUAGAGCAAGUGCGUUGAAGGAUAAACAUACCUUUUUAAAACAAAAUAUUGAAAGAUUAACACAGGAAAUCAAUAAACAAGCUGAUAACGUUAACGCCAGAAAACAAUUGGAAGAAAAAAGAGGGGAACUACUAAGAAAUUUGAAAGCCAUAACAAUGGAGCAUAACACAUUGUAUCAAAAAUACCAAAAUGGAAAGAAAGCUUUUUAUAUUGAAUGUGCUAAAACAAAUCCUGAUUUACAAAAAUUGUUACAAAAAAGUACGCAACAUCAACAGCAGAGAUUGGCUCAACAGCAACAGCAACAACAGCAGCAGCAGCAACAGCAGCAGCAAAAUGUUACACAGGGGCAAGUGCCAACAGCAAAUCCAGUACAACAUCAACCACAACCACAACCACAACCCAUGGAUCACACUUCUAUGAAUAGAACUAAUUCAUCUGCUACUUCAAUGACCCAGAAGACCAAUACCCCCAAUACCACAAUCUCAGAUAAUGCACAAAAGUCACAGGUAACAAACGUCAAUGCUGCUGCGUCCAUGUCAGAUUCUAGUAACUCCAGUAAACAGACAAUAUUUAAACAGUCUGAUCCAAUGGUGCCUGUUUCGGACACGAUAUCGACCAAACAACCUAUCGCUGUGCCAUACAGGUCUAACAGACCAACUAUGACAGGAGGUUCUGCUAUGAGUGCUAGUGCACUAAAUACUCCAGUAAUGACGAAAUUACCACCAUAUGAACUAGACACAGAAAGAGUAAUGUCAAAGAGGAAACUGAGAGAAUUAGUUAAAUCAAUUGGUAUUGAUGAAGGUGAUGGAGAAACUGUUAUUGAUGGUGACGUCGAAGAAUUACUUUUGGAUAUGGCCGAUGAUUUUAUCACAAAUGUUACAUCUUUUGCCUGUAGAUUGGCCAAGCAUAGAAAAUCUGAUAAUUUAGAAGCAAGAGAUAUACAAUUACAUCUAGAGAGAAAUUGGGAUAUAAGAAUCCCCGGAUAUUCUGCGGAUGAAAUCAGGAGUAUUAGGAAAUGGAAUCCAGCUCAAACUUAUAAUCAGAAAUUACAGCAAAUUAAUAAUGAUAAAAAUAAUGCGGCAAGUGGUAAUAGCACGACAGCUUCAUCAAAGAAAUCUAAAUAG